CUCAGGGUAAGAGAGAGUGAGUGAGUGAGUGCAGUUAUCUUAUAAGAUAUACAUUCCUAGGAAGUUGGAGAGAGAUAUGGCUAAGUGGUGUAUGUUUUUGUUGGUUCUUGCUCUUGUUGUUGUUGCUACAACAAGUGCCAGAGAUGUACCAAGUGAUGCUGGUCUCAAGGACCAGAAGAACUUUAUGACAUACGGUGGUGGUUUUUAUGGAGUAGGAAACAACGGAAUACCUUUCGGUGGAAUCGGAGGUGGUAUAGGUGGUGAUUUAGGUGGUGGUGGUGGUGGACUUGGUGGUGGUGGUGCUGGAUUAGGUGGUUUAGGAGGACUUGGUGGUGGAGGUGGCGGUGGUGGGCUUGGAACUGGUAUUGGUGGUGGUGGGCUUGGAACUGGCGUUGGCGGUGGAAAUGGUGUUCUUCCUUUCCCUUAAGAUCAUCAACGUUCAACUAAACUUGCAUGGUUUUUGUCUUUGUUUCUUUGAAAAUGUUACUCUUUAUUUUCAGUGGAUGUGUUGUUUAUCGUUAAAGUAUUCUAGCUAGCUAGCAUUUCUUGUUUAUUAUUUAUUAGUAUUAUUGAAAAUUAGUGGUAACUUUUGUAAGUUGUAAUGUGUCCUUUUUGCAAGUAAUGCAAGCAAUUUAUGAGUUUAAUUAA